AUGACAUCAAAACAGAGAAUUGAUAUUAAAUGGCAGAAGAGCCGUGAGUUUUUCUACUGGCACCUGAAGAGGAGGUUGUUGGAGAGGCAGCUGAAGAAGAAGAUGAAGCAGUUCACACAGAACGUCGGGGAGGGGGAGCUCAACUCCAUGUUACAUCGUUGGUUUGUGGAGGACAGGGGCACUGUCAAUGCUUACCUAUGGGAGGAUGACAAAGCUAUGGUGGAGUGGUUAACGGAACAAAUCCGUGAGGACAGUAUUGACAACGCUGUAUCAGACAACAUCAGAUGUCUACAGAGAGAGCACGUCCUACAACAAGUCAGGAGUUUGAUACAAAACAAUCCAGAGGUUGCCAUGGAUUCCAUCGUCCACAUCACACAGCACAUGACCUCAAGUCAAAGGUCAGAGGUCUCCAGAAUUCUGGCCAACAUGGACACGUGACCAGAGUGGACAAUUAGAAUCAACAGUGACUGUAUUUAAAAACAUACCUAUUUAACAAAUCAUAUGAAAUCAUUAGGUGCAAUUUGCAAUUGGAUCAAAUUUGCAUAAAAUUGCAUUAUAUGAAAUCCAUAUCUGUCAUUCAUAAUGACUUAAUUGUUAGAAUUGUUCAUGAAUUAGUUUUGUAAUUCAAUUCAGUAUUAUAUGUGAAACAUUACCAGGGUUUGUAAUUAUUUUUGUACUAAUUUGUACUAAUUUAUUAUUACUCUACCUAUGAUUAAUAUCAUAUAUAGUGCUCACCUUUAAACAAAGUUGUGUAUAUUCUGAAUAUUAAUUUAUUGACUGUAGAACAAAUUGUCCAUUUGUGUGCAUUGAAUUUCUGAAAAUGUAAUUUGAUAUAUGGAACACAAAUUUAAUAAUUGGAU